AUCUAAAGUUCUAAAUAUCUUCCCUGCUUGUACUACUAUACAUACCCUCGAUUCUCGUCUGCCGCUCAGUACAUCCGCCCGAGUUCGACAUCCUCCAAAUCUAUCUCUCCCAUGGCGCGCGCCAUGACCAUGGCCAGCGCCAUCUCUCUUUCCUUGAAACCCAUAUCGCCAAAAGUCCGUUUCCUCUCCUUUUCACCAUCCCAUUCCAUAGUUAACUCUUCUCUCAAGCUUUCAUCGAUUUAUGGUUUCUGGGUCGGAAAGCAUUUUGCUAGUGGGGGAGAAUGGAGGGUUUUCCGUGGUCCUGAAUUGACGGUUUCUUGUGUUAGUGGAGUUGGGUUUGGUGGAGGAGAAAGAGGGUAUAGGCAAUCAAGGCGAAAAGCUUUCAAUAAAAAGAAAGUUAAAGAAUUGGAACUCAGUGUUAAGAUUCUUAUUGAAGAGGGUUUGCCUAAUGACCCUGAAAUUUCGAGUAUUUCUGAAAUGCUCCGGUUGAAUGCGCCAAUGGCAAUGAAAUUGGCAUUUGAUGGAUUGAAGAAUUCAGAGUAUAAAACUAGAGAUAACACAAUAUAUGAUGUUUCUGGGUAUGAAACCAUUGAGUUGUCAUUACUUCUGUGUAAUGAUGAGUUCAUGAGAAGUCUUAAUAAAGAAUGGAGGAAUGAAGACCAUGCCACUGAUGUUCUCUCGAUGUCCCAACAUAUCCCAGAACUGAAAUUACCUAUUCUUAUGUUAGGUGAUAUUGUGAUCUCUGUCGAGACAGCUGCUAGACAAGCAGAAGAACGUGGCCAUACUCUUCUCGAUGAGAUUCGCAUUCUUUUAAUUCAUGGCCUAUUGCAUCUAUUGGGUUUUGAUCAUGAGCUAAGUGAAGAAGCCGAGGAAGAAAUGGAGAGAGAGGAAGAACUACUUUUGCAGAAUCUUGGUUGGAAAGAAAAAGGGUUGAUAAAGAGUGCAUGUGAUGCCGAAAACAAUGGUCAUCUUCGUAUUAAAGAUCUUGAUGACAGGAAGAAAGAAGGUAGUCUUCGCUUCUAUAGACCGAAGUUCAAAUAUAUCUUUUGUGACAUGGAUGGUACUUUGCUGAAUAGCAAGAGUCAAAUUUCUUCUGCAAAUGCAAAUGCUAUUAAAGAGGCCCUGUCAAGAGGUGUCCAAGUGGUCAUCGCCACGGGAAAAACUCGUACUGGUGCCAUUGAUGUAUUGAAGACUGUUGAUUUAGUUGGAAGGAACGGGAUUGUCUCCGAAUCAUCCCCAGGUGUUUUCAUACAGGGAUUGCUUGUUUAUGGGAUACAAGGCCGGGAAAUUUUCAAAAGGAAUUUGGACCCGAACUUUUGCAGGCAGGUCUUCUCUUACUCUUUGGAGCACGAAAUCCCUCUUGUUGCAUUCUGUGGUGACCGUUGCUUAACAUUGUUUGAUCAUCCUCUUGUAAACUCACUCCAUGAUGUGUAUUGUGAACCUAAGGCAGAUGUUAUGCAUUCAAUUGAGGACUUAUUGGCCGCUGCUGAAGUUCAGAAAUUAAUCUUUUUAGAUACUGCUGAAAGAGUGGCAAAAACCAUCAGGCCUUAUUGGUCAGAAGCAACAGGAGAUCAUGCUAGUGUUGUUCAAGCUGUUCCAGACAUACUCGAAAUUGUCCCCCGUGGGACUUCUAAAGGAAAUGGUGUAAAAUUGCUGCUUGAUCAUUUGGGAGUUACUCCAAAUGAGAUAAUGGCAAUCGGUGACGGAGAAAAUGACAUUGAAAUGCUGAAGUUAGUGAAUCUUGGAGUUGCUCUCAGUAAUGGAUCAGAGAAGACGAAAGCGAUUGCUGACAUGAUUGGUCUUAGCAACGAUGAAGAUGGAGUGGCUGAUGCUAUUUACCGUUAUGCAUUUUGAGCUUCUUGAUGAAAAACGAAGAACGUAGAAGCGAUGCAGCUGGCUUUUAUCCGUUUCAAGUUCCAACUAUUUGUGCUUUCUUCUCUCAAUCAUUGCUAUUGCAUUCAUUCGGUUCGUGAUUCAAUCAGUAUAUUGCCACAAUUUUGCAAUCUCUGAUUAUUUUUGGGCAUCUAUGUAUUAUGACAAUAAAUAAGAACUUUGUAAUGGGGUUUGUUUUUUUCUAAUGAAAGUUGCCCAAAGUCUUUGUAUUGUAAAUGGUGAUAUCUGUUGUAAUAUGUUGAGAUUUUGUGACUCGAACCGAGUCUAAGAUCGGGUUUUAAUGAUGAAUCAAGAGUGUUAGACUGAAA